CACACACACACACACACACAAACACAGCGAACGGGAGAAAGCGGCAGAGCAAGAGAGAAGGAACGGCAGCAUAACGGAAUAGCAUUAGGCUUCUCGCCACUGUUGAUCAAUGAAAGAAGCCAUGCCUGUCCUCUCAGCGGGAGCAGGGCUGCACGAGACCCUAGCCCUGCUGACGUCACAGCUGCGGCCGGAUGCCAACCAUAAGGAGGAGAUGGUCUUCCUGAAGGACGUCUUCAGCGAGAGGAGUCUGGGAUACCUCAUGAAGAUUCAUGAGAAGCUGCGGCAAUAUGAGCGCCAGAGCCCAACCCCAGUGCUCCACAGCGCCUCCUCCCUGGCCGAAGAUGUAGCAGAAGAGUUGCAGAGUGGACCAAUGAGCGUUGAAGAGAAAGAACUAUUACAGCUGUUGACAUCACCCCAUUUACGUGCCAUGCUCUCAGUACAUGACACGGUGGCUCAGAAGAACUUUGACCCUGUGCUGCCGCCCCUACCAGACGACCUGGAGGAGGAACUGGAGGAGGAGUCCGUCAAGAUAGUCAGACUAGUCAAAAACAAGGAGCCACUGGGGGCGACGAUUCGGCGAGACGAGUCCACGGGAGCGGUCAUGGUGGCACGGGUAAUGAGGGGUGGAGCUGCGGACAGAAGUGGUUUGGUCCAUGUGGGAGAUGAGUUGAGAGAAGUAAACGGUGUCUCUAUCAUCCACAAGCGACCAGAUGAAAUCAGCCAGUUACUGUCCCAGUCCCAGGGCUCCAUCACGCUGAAAAUUAUCCCCGGCAUCAAAGAGGAGGACAGGCUACGAGAUAGCAAGGUUUACGUGAGGGCACUGUUUGAUUACAUCCCUGCAGAGGACAAGGCUACCCCGUGCCAGGAGGCUGGCCUGCCCUUCCAGAGGGGGGACGUGCUGCAGGUGGUGAGCCAGGACGACCAGACCUGGUGGCAGGCCAAGAAGGUGGGGGACAGCAGCCUGCGCGCCGGACUCGUGCCCUCCAAAUUCUUCCAGGAGAGACGGCUGGCCUACAGAAUGAAAAUGGGCACGCUUCACAAUCCAAAGUCCCCUAAAAAGCCUGCUUAUGACCAGGGAUGUGAUAAAGAAGACUGCGACUGUGAGGGUUAUUUCAAUGGACAGUACAUAGUCUCUCAGUCUCCGAAGUGUAAAGCGGUGGCGCCCUCCUGUGGCCAGGUCUUUUCCUGGGAGUUUUACUCAGCUGGCCUGCGGCGCAGUUUCCGCCUGAGUCGGAAGGAACGACAAGGGUCGUCAGGGUCGUCAGACGCCAAUGCCUCAGACAGCAGCGACACAGAAUUCCUCACCUAUGAAGAGGUGACCCGCUAUCAGCACCGCCCUCAUGAAAGGCCGCGCCUGGUCGUUCUCAUAGGCUCUCUUGGAGCUCGCAUCAACGAGUUGAAGCAACGGGUAAUUGCAGAGAACCCUCAUCGCUACGCUGUUGCUGUGCCUCACACGACCAGGCCGAAGAAGAGUCACGAGAAAGAGGGAGUGGAGUACCACUUUGUCACCAAACAGGCGUUUGAUGCUGACGCUCAAAGCAACAAGUUCAUUGAGUACGGCGAGUACAGGGAGAACCAGUAUGGGACCAGCAUCGAGGCCAUCCGCUCAGUCCAGGCCAAGAACAAGAUGUGUCUGGUGGACGUUCAGCCUGAGGCCUUAAAGACACUGCGGACCUCAGAGUUCAAGCCCUAUGUGAUAUUUGUGAAGCCCCGGAUUCCAGAGGGAAGGAGACGGCGCAGUGCAGCCACUUCACCAGGAGGGGGCGAUCAUGGUCGAGUCACGGAGGAGGAGAUGCAGGAGAUGAGGCAGUCGGCGGUGCAGAUCGACCAGCAGUACGGCCACAUGGUGGACCACAUCCUGAUCAAAGAGGACUCGGCCAGCGCCUGCUCGGAGCUGCGGGCCGUCCUGGAGAGGCUGGAGAGGGAGAGCUUCUGGGUGCCUCUGAGCUGGGUGAAGACCUAGUAGUAGCGUCUCUCCAGGACGCCGCUCAUCCCGUCUCGUUAACGUCCCCCCAGCAUGGGCCCUUCCAAGCAGGGGAAGGGAGUACGUCUGUCUCCAUCUCCCUCCCUCUCUCUUCCUCUCUCACUGUCUAGCUGUCUCUGUCUCUCUAUUCCUAGUCCACACUCACUACCCUGGGAUGAGACUGCCACUGUUGAACAUUUUAGCUUGUCUCUCAUCCCACACAACUGCCCUCUUCUUCCUCCCCUUCUGGCUGUGACCCCUGCCCGCAUGGUGGUGCUCCAAGGGGGACCCAAUGGAGCGCUCUCCACAGGGAUUGUGCUGUAGC